AGAAAACUAGCUUGUUGGUUGACCGCGAUGGGUGUAAUAAAAAUAGCUUUCUUGUUAAGUGUGGCUCUAGUUGGCAUCCUGGCUCACAAGGCAAAGGAGCAGGAUACGAAAUACAAUUGGUGGCAGCACGAGGUCUUCUACCAGAUCUACCCGCGAUCCUUUCAGGAUAGUAACAAUGAUGGAAUCGGCGAUCUUCGGGGUAUAACUUCUAGGUUGCAGUAUUUUAAGGAUACCGGAAUCACGGCUGUGUGGUUGAGUCCCAUCUACGAGUCACCCAUGGUGGACUUUGGAUACGAUAUAUCAAACUACACGAACAUUCAGCCGGAAUAUGGUACCUUGGAGGACUUUGACGAACUGAUAGCCAGGGCCAAUGAGCUUGGCGUCAAGGUCAUCCUGGACUUUGUGCCCAACCACAGCUCGAAUAAGCAUCCCUGGUUCAUAAAGUCAGUUGCUCGAGAGCCGGAAUUCGAGGAUUUCUAUGUGUGGGAGGACGGAAUACUCUUGGAGAACGGCACUCGUGUCCCGCCCAACAACUGGCUGUCGGUCUUCUCCGGAUCCGCCUGGAUGUGGAACGAGGAGAGGCAACAGUUCUAUCUGAGGCAGUUCACCUUCGGACAACCCGAUCUCAACUACCGAAAUCCCGCCGUGAUCCAAGCCAUGGACGAUGUGAUGCUAUUCUGGCUGAACAAGGGAAUUGCCGGCUUUCGCAUCGAUGCCAUUAUCUACAUUUAUGAGGAUGCUCAAUUGAGGGAUGAGCCUCGAAGUGGCACCACCGAUGAUGCCAACUCGGAGGCUUACUUGGAGCACAUCUACACCAGAAACCAGCCUGAGGAUUACGGUCUCCUCCAGCACUGGCGGCAACUCCUGGACAAUUACACAGCCACCCACGAGGGUCCGCUGAGAAUAAUGAUGACCGAGGGCUACGCCUCGGUAUCCCAACUAAUGGAGUACUACGAGGACGCGAAUGGAGUGCAGGGACCUGAGUUCCCCUUCAACUUUGACUUCAUCACCGAACUAAACGCUAAUUCGACAGCUGCGGACUUUGUCUUCUACAUCUCCAGGUGGCUCAUCUACAUGCCACAUGGUCAUGUGGCCAACUGGGUGAUGGGAAAUCACGAUAAUCCCCGAGUGGCAUCGCGAUUCGGAGAGAAAAGUGUGGAUGCCAUGAAUAUGCUGCUCAUGACACUGCCAGGAAUUGCUAUUACAUACAAUGGCGAAGAGUUGGGCAUGACGGAUUACAGGGACAUCAGCUGGGCCGAUACUGUAGAUCAGCCCGCCUGCGAAUCUGGGAUCGAUAACUACAAGUGGGUCUCCCGAGAUCCAGAACGUACACCCAUGCAAUGGAAUAGUGAUCUCAACGCAGGAUUCUCCACUGCCAAUCGCACUUGGCUGCCUGUCAAUCCCAACUACAAGGAUCUGAAUCUUCGCCAACAACAGCUGUCGAGGAGUAGUCAUUACAAGAUCUACCAGUCCCUUUUGAAGCUAAGACAGCUGCCAGUUCUGAAGAAUGGGUCCUUUGUUCCCGAAGUGGUGAAUAGAAGGGUCUUCGCUUUUAAACGAGAGCUGAAGGGCGAGUACACUCUGCUGACCAUCGUGAACGUGAAGAACGGCACGGAACAGGUGGAUAUAAGCGACUUCAUCGAUCAGCCCAAUCGGCUGAACGUCCUUGUGGUGGGCGUGGAUUCUCAGCACCGAGUGGGUGAUAAGCUCAAGGCCGAUGCCAUCGAACUGGCCCCCUACGAGGGACUGGUCAUUCAGCUGAACAAGCGAAAGUAAUCAACGCACUACUUGGUAUUCAACAUUAAAGUACGAGGAAACUUUCCAUUUGCCACCACGGA